AUGGAGCUUUUUCUCUUCGAACCCAACGAAUACCAACGUCUCUACAACUGUAGUAGUAUAACAAUCGAGACAAUACCGUUAGAACAGCGUCGUUCAACACCCUUAGCUCUAAUUAAUUUAACAUUGGCAACGAUAUAUUUUUUACUUUAUUUGCCAUGUUUGUACUCAAUUUGGAACCAUCACUGGAAAAAUGAUUGUUAUUCAAUACUUUUCUAUAUUGGGAUAAUUGAUGUUAAUGCAUUAAUUCUGGCUAUUAAUCGUUGUCUUGAAGUUCUAGCACCUAAGAUAGCUGAAAUACUUUUCAAAGGAAUUCGCACUUAUUUGUGGCUAACAAUUUGUUCCCUAUAUGCUCUAUAUUGGCUAUUUUUUGCGAAGGCAAUUGUUUUUUCUGGAAUUUAUUUUGCAUGGUUCUUCAAUCCAUUUAUUGGAUAUAAGGAGGAUAUUAAAGGAGAGGUUGUAACAUAUUACCUAAAUAUUACUUGA